AUGAUAAAAGAUAAAUCACCUAUUUAAAAAGGAAACUAUAUUAUUUUGAGAGAUAAACUUAUAGGAAAAGGAAGGCAUUCUUUCAUUUAUGAUUGUAUUAAUGAACUUGAUAAAUAAACUCCCUUUUGUGCUAAAAUAUUUUUCAAUACAACAAUACCAAGAACUCUACAAUUUGAUAAAUUAAAAAACAUUAAUAAUACAAAUCUCUUAAAAUAUUAUGAAAUAUUUGAACAUAACAAAGAUGUUAUUAUCAUAAUGGAAAAAUGUGAUUGUAAUUUAAAAAAUAUUAUUGAUAAAUAACCUCUAUCUGAAUUGGAUACAUAUUAAUUAUUAAGAUAAUUCUUAAGUGGGUAUUAAACAUUAAUUGAUGUUGAUCUAGAUUUAAGAGAACUGAAACCAGCAAAUAUUUUAGUUAAAAAUAAUGUUUAUAAAGUAUAUCAUAUUCUAUUUUGAUAAGAUAUCAAAUUAUGGAAUAUCAUCUUUGUACAAAGUAGUAGAAGGGGAAACUAAACCAUUUUCUGCUCCAGAAAUAUUUUAUGAAAAAGAGUAAACAAGAAUUAAGGAUAUAUUUUCAGUAUUUAUUUAAUCAAAUUUAUUAAGCUUGGUUUAGUGUUAUAUUUUGGAUUUUAUAAUUAAUUACCUUAUACAUAUAGAAGUGCAGUAGAUCAAGUAGCAUUCUUUAGAUAAAUUAAAUCAAUCAACUUUGAAAUUAAGAAAGAAGUAUAAUAUAAUAAUAAUUAAUGUAGAUUCCUCUAAAUUUAAAAUAAUUAUUACAAUCUAUGAUUAUUUAUGACCCUUCUCAAAGAAUUAAAAUUGAAGAAUUAUAGUUGCAAUUCAAUAUGGAAAAUAAAGUCAUAUGA